AUGGAUGCUGCUACUACAGGACUGAGCCUACCCAAUACGAAUCUUCCCACUACUGCUGCCCAAGCAAAGGCAUUUAUGUCCACUUCUUUCCCCGAUGGACGGGAUUCUGGUGCCGCAGCGGCGGCAGCAGCAGCAGAUAAUACCAAUAAAGGCGAUAAGUCUAUUAAAGCAGAUCCAAGCACUGUCAAUGGCGCUUCGACUGAUAAUGCCGGUGCUGCCGAUACCACAAAUGCCCAGGAAGAAUCCGCCUCGGGUAUUGUACCUACCCUCCAGAAUAUUGUGGCAACUGUCAACUUGGAUUGCCGCUUAGAUUUGAAGACGAUUGCACUUCACGCUCGAAAUGCUGAAUAUAACCCAAAGCGAUUUGCUGCCGUUAUUAUGCGUAUUCGAGAACCAAAAACCACAGCCUUGAUUUUUGCAUCUGGCAAGAUGGUUGUCACUGGUGCAAAGUCUGAGGACGACAGCAAGCUUGCAUCUCGCAAGUAUGCACGCAUCAUUCAAAAGCUGGGCUUUAAUGCCAAGUUUACCGACUUUAAGAUUCAAAACAUUGUGGGCUCUUGCGACGUCAAGUUUCCCAUUCGUCUUGAGGGUCUUGCAUUUUCACACGGAACUUUCUCGUCCUACGAACCUGAAUUAUUUCCUGGAUUAAUCUAUCGCAUGGUUAAGCCUAAAAUUGUCUUGCUGAUUUUCGUUUCUGGUAAGAUUGUUUUGACUGGUGCAAAGCAAAGAGAAGAAAUUUAUGCUGCAUUUGAGGCCAUUUAUCCUGUAUUGAGCGAAUUUAGAAAAGCUUGA